CCGCCGCGGGGGUGGGGAGGUGAAUGAAGGGCGCGCGGCGCUUACAAUCCGCUCUGGAACAAGCCCGCUGUGACUCAGCCUGACGCCGCGAAGUGCCCCCGCACCCUUCUGCGCUGGGAGGGGAUCGCCUCGGCCUGCCCGCAGGUGCUCGCGCGUCUCUGCGGGUGUCCUGGGCGGCUUCUGUCCUUGCUCGCUCCAUGACCUCGCUGCUCGGCAAUGUAGCGGGAGGGGCUGGCGUCCAGCUUGGGACCCCCACGCAGACCCCGGCUGGAAAAGCGCGGCGUUGGCUUUAGCAGGCGAGACAGGUUAAAUCUACAGCAAUGAAGACUGUUGCUGCAUUUACUUCUGGAAUUAUUGUACUCCUGUUUUCUUUGGUGCAACGGGCCAGUGGACAAUGUAAAGAAGCAGCUGUAAAGUCAGAGAUGAAUGUGAGCAUGAAGUAUCAGCUCCCUCAUUUCAUCACAGAAACACCAAUACAGAAUAUAGUUUUAUACAAGCAUCAUAUCUAUAUUGGAGCAGUCAACAAGAUUUACGUCUUAAAUGAAAACCUCCAGAACCUUUCUGUAUAUAAGACUGGACCCGUGCUGGAAAGUCCUGAUUGUGCACCAUGUGAAGAUUGCAAAGAGAGAGCCAACUUAUCCAACAGUGUUUGGAAGGAUAAUGUCAACAUGGCUCUUCUCCUAGAAACAUACUAUGAUGAUCAGCUCAUCAGCUGUGGUAGUGUAACUCGAGGUGUAUGUCAACGUCACAUCAUUCACCCCGACAAUCCUGUAGACAUAGAAAGUGAAGUGCACUGCAUGUACUCAAAACAGAUGGAUGGAGAGUCAGACAGCUGUCCUGACUGUGUUGUAAGCACUUUGGGAACGAAAGUUUUGGUGACUGAAAAGGACAGAUUUGUAAACUUCUUUGUUGGGAAUACUAUAAAGUCUUCAUUUGAACCACAGCAUGCACUUCAUUCAGUGUCGGUUAGAAGGUUAAAAGAGACCCAGGAUGGCUUUGAGUUUCUCACAGAUCACUCUUAUAUAGACAUUCUCCCACAGUUUAGGGACUCUUAUCCCAUCAAGUACAUCCAUGCUUUUGAAAAUGACCAUUUUGUCUACUUCCUAACGGUCCAGCGUGAAUCUCUUGAUUCCCAGGCUUUUCACACAAGAAUCAUCCGUUUCUGCUCUUUGGAUUCUGAAUUGCGCUCUUACAUGGAGAUGCCGCUUGAGUGCAUUUUAACUGAAAAGCGGAAGAAGAGGUCGACUGGAGAUGAGAUAUUUAAUGUUCUGCAGACAGCGUAUGUCAGUAAGCCAGGUGCAAUUCUGGCUCAUGAAAUGGGUCUUAGCAUGAAUGAUGACAUUCUGUAUGGUGUCUUUGCACAAAGCAAGCCAGACUCUUCAGAACCAACAAACAGGUCUGCUGUCUGUGCAGUAUCUGUCCGAACAAUCAAUGAAUUUUUCAACAAGAUUGUAGACAAGCAAAACAUGAAAUGUCUUCAGCACUUUUAUGGGAAAGAUAGCAAAUACUGUGUGAAAAGGACGUUUUCAAGAAAUGCCUCGUACUGUGAAGCACAAGAUGAUGAAUAUCGUCUAGAGGUUACGACUCCUUUGCAACGGAUUGAUUUGUUUAUGGGGCAAUUCAACAGUGUCCUGCUAACUUCAAUAUCUGUCUUCACCAAAGGGUAUCUUACUGUUGCUAACCUAGGAACAUCUGAGGGCCGCUUCAUGCAGAUAGUGAUUUCCCGUUCAGAACCUACUACACCACAUGUAAAUUUUCCCCUGGACUCCCAUCCAGUCUCCUCUCAAGUUAUUGUUGACCAUUCAUUAGCAGAUGGCUAUACUGUGGUUGCCACUGGAACGAAGAUAACCAAGAUUCCCUUGAAUGGACCAGGCUGUGAUCACUUUAAGUCCUGCACCCAGUGUCUUUCAGCACCUUCUUUCAUGCAGUGUGGCUGGUGCAGUGACCGGUGUGUGAGGUCAUGGGAGUGUAUCGAAAGGGUGUGGACUCAGGAGACAUGUUUGCCCAGAGUUUAUGAGAUUAUCCCAAGGACUGCGCCGUUAGAAGGUGGAACAAGACUAACAGUAUGUGGCUGGGACUUUGGAUUCAACAAAAAUAAUAGAUUCGACUUAAAAAAUACAGCAGUUCAUAUAGGAGGAAAACCUUGUAUCCUCGAAGUAAAAGCUAGCAACAAAAACAAGCUGGAAUGCACGGUUGCUGCUGCAAAGAAUCCCAGUUUUAAUAUAACCAGCAGUGUUUCAAGUGGGCGAAGCACAUCUUCCUUCAACACAUUUUCCUAUGUGAAUCCUAUAAUAACAAGUAUCUCUCCCACCUAUGGUCCCAAGUCUGGUGGAACAUUAUUAACAUUAACAGGGAAAUACUUAAAGAGUGGGAAAUCCAGAGAGAUUUAUGUUGGUGGGAAGCCAUGUCCCUUAAAAAGUGACUCUGACAGCACCGUAGAGUGCUACACACCCCCACAAAGAAUUCCAUCAGAAUAUCCUGUUAAAAUGAAGAUUGAUUUAGCUAUUCGAGAAGCUACAGGUCAUUUUAUGUACAAGGAAGACCCUAUUGUUUUAAAAAUACAUCCAACUAAAUCUUUUCUUAGUGGUGGGAGCACAAUUACUGCUGAUGGAAUCAACUUGAAUUCAGUAUCUCUUCCUCAGAUGGUGAUCACUGUACCUAAGCUAGGAAGGAACGUCACUGUGACAUGUAACCAUCGUUCUAACACAGAGAUAAUCUGUUGUGCAACUCCUUCACUGAAAUCCUUCAAUUUGCAACUACCCUUUGUAACAAAAGUGUUUUUCAUUUUUGAUGGAGUCAAGUCCCCAUAUUUUGAUUUUGAUUAUGUGAAUAAUCCUGUUUUUAAACCUUUUGAAAAGCCCAUCGUGAUCUCAAGGGACAGUCAAAAUAAACUGGAAAUUAAGGGAAAUAACAUUGACUCCGAAGCUAUUAAAGGUGAGGUACUAAAAGUUGGAAAUAAAAGUUGUGAGAACAUCGUCUUUCAGUCUGAAUCAAUUUUCUGUAUGGUUCCCAGAGAUCUGCUAAAAUCCCAUAGUGAGCUAAAUAUAGAGUGGAAGCAAGAAGUUUCCUCAAUAAUUAUUGGAAAAGUGAUGAUUCUGCAAGAUCAGAAUUUCACAGGACUGAUUGCUGGAGUUGUCUCAAUAUCAGUGUUAUUUUUAUUGUUGUUGGGCUUUUUUCUAUGGAUGAAAAGGAAAAAACAAAUUAAAGAUCUGGGUAGUGAUUUAGUUCGUUAUGAUGGAAGAGUGCACACUCCUCAUUUGGAUAGGCUUGUGAGCGCAAGGAGUAUAAGUCCAACUACAGAAAUGGUUUCUAGUGACUCAGUAGACUACAGAUCAACAUUUCUAGAAGAUCAGUUUCCAAAUUUUUCUCAGAAUGGCUCAUGCAGACCAGCACAGUAUUCUCACACAGACCUAUCCCCCAUUCUGUCUAGUGGGGACUCAGAUUUAGCUAGUCCACUGCUGCAAACUAAUGUUCACAUUGACAUCAGUGCCUUAAACCCAGACCUGGUGAAAGAAGUUCAGCAUGUGGUCAUUGGGGCUGACAGCCUGAUUGUGCAUUUCAGUGAGAUAAUAGGAAGAGGGCAUUUUGGGUGUGUGUACCAUGGGACAUUGUUGGACAGUGAUGGAAGGAAAAUUCAUUGUGCUGUAAAGUCCUUGAACCGAAUUACAGACCUAGAAGAAGUAGCUCAGUUUCUCAAAGAAGGAAUCAUCAUGAAAGAUUUCACUCACCCCAAUGUCCUGUCGCUGCUGGGAAUUUGCUUGCCCACUGAGGGAUCUCCUUUGGUGGUGCUCCCUUAUAUGAAACAUGGAGACCUUCGGAACUUCAUUAGGAAUGAGGCUCACAACCCAACAGUUAAAGAUUUAAUUGGAUUUGGCCUUCAAGUAGCAAAAGGUAUGAAAUACCUUGCAAGCAAAAAGUUUGUCCAUAGAGAUUUGGCCGCCAGAAAUUGUAUGCUGGAUGAAAAAUUCACUGUCAAGGUUGCUGAUUUUGGUCUUGCUAGAGAUGUCUAUGAUAAAGAAUACUACAGUGUGCACAAUAAAACUGGAGCUAAACUGCCAGUGAAAUGGAUGGCUUUAGAAAGUUUGCAAACUCAGAAGUUCACUACAAAAUCAGACGUGUGGUCCUUUGGUGUGUUGCUGUGGGAACUUAUGACGAGAGGAGCACCGCCUUACCCUGAUGUGAAUUCUUUUGAUAUAACUAUUUACUUAUUACAAGGAAGAAGGUUACUGCAGCCAGAAUACUGCCCUGACCCACUGUUUGAAGUCAUGCUAAAGUGUUGGCAUCCAAAGCCUGAAAUGCGCCCAACGUUUUCUGAACUGGUUUCAAAAAUAUCAACAAUCUUCUCCACUUUUAUUGGAGAGCAUUAUGUUCAUGUCAAUGCCAUGUAUGUCAAUGUGAAAUGUGUUGCUCCCUAUCCUUCUCUUUUGUCAUCACAAGAUAACAUAGAUAGGGAUGUGGAUACAUGAUCAGGUUUGUUUACAAUACAAUGCCAUUAGUAGUAGUCUGAACAAAAGUAAAUGUUUUGUCCACUACUUUUUCACUGCCCAGUUUUUGUGAAAACACUGUUGCACAUGUUUGAUGUUGUCCGAACUAUACUGUUGAUGAGAGGGUAUGCUGUUUAUAGCUGUGGGAUUCUAUGCACUACAGUGGUAAAUCCCAAAUCUCUGGGGCAGCUGUUUCAAUUUUCCAGACUCUGUUACCAUCUAGUGCUAGUACCCAUCAUCUCUCAUUCAUUUGUGAAAUGAAUUUACUCACCAUUUGCAGCCUGGGUUCUAUUGUAGUUUAGAGCAUGUACAGCAGAAUGAGAGAUGAACAACAGAGAUGUACAGAGACUCAUCAUUAAUGCAAGAAGGGGAAAGGCUAGAGUACCAAUCACUCGAGCUUGAUGUACCAUUCCUGUUGCAUAUACUGUUGGUCAAUGGGCCAUGCAGUAAUGUUUUUCACACUAAAACCAGGCCAAAUAAGAAGAAUCCCAAGACUGUAAAAUGUUUCCUGUUGUAUUUAGACUCUAUCUUUGUUCUUCAUUUGCCCAUUAUAUCAACAAGGUUCCUUGCCUCAUGGCAAGUUUCUAAAAUAACAUUCCAAAAUGCCAUGAAAUAAAUGUGUCAACUUUUGAGAAGUAUAUUUAUGCUGUACCUAAAAUGUAAGGGAACACACCCAGAGAAGAGCUGUAUCAAUGUUAAUGUCACUGUCAUUCCAAAAUUCAGUCACUUCUUUGAGAAAUAAUUUGUAUGUACAGAUUUCUUAUUGAAAAUUGUGAGGUUUCUCUUUUGUCAAUCAGGUAUUAGCUGCUCCAUGAGAGUGAAAACUUAGGGAGUCCAUAUUAACCAUUAGGCCAGUGGUCACCAACCAGUAAAUCGGGAUUUACCAGUAGAUCUUAGAGCCUUUGACAGAUGAUCCUGACUGGUUUGGCCAAAAGGCUAACAAGUGCCUGUACUUCAGCUACCCCUCCCUCCACCAUCCUGCUGUUCCUGCCAAGAGCCUCCUGCUUGUUGUGCAGAGUGGGGGGAGAUAGAGGCAGGGGGGCGUUGAUGUCACUCUGCCACCCCCAUACCCUAUCUUCACAAAGUGAGGAGGGUGGGGCCCUGGCAAAGGGGUGGGGCAGGGGUAUUUGGGUUUGAGGUAGAUCCUGGACUGACAGAUUCAAAAAGUAGUUGGAGACCACUACAGUAGGCUAAAGCCUAGGAUGCAGCAGUUUUUGGAGCAUCAUUUGGAGAAGUAGCCAAGUAGAUGGGGGAGCAGUAACAGAGCAAGGAGCUGCUGGCUGGGGUGACCACAUGUUUAGUAGCUACAGCUACACUAACCAACCAUGCAAAAGCACUUCAGCAUAAUGUGUGUGAGGGGUUGAGAAGAGGAGAUGCUGAGCCAACUAAGGAAAGCCAACUCUGAGCCAAAAAGGCUGCCACAUGGUGAGAUUGCUGCUAAACUUUGCAUGCCAUUACUGAAGGUUUAAGAACAUUGAACAAAAGAAACCUGUUUUUAGUGCUCAUAGUUGCUCCUUGAGUUAAUCAAGUCCAGCGAAUGAUGAUACAUAGUAUAUUCCUAAAUCAUGACCAGAAAUGAUUUUCAGGAGAGACACUAAUUAAAGAUUUUGUUAUGUAGAGAAGAAUAAUAUAGCUUUAGGGCAAGCAUCAUGUGUUAUUUCUGUUCCUGUGGAAUUCUGUGCGUGUUACUGUAUAGCUUGUUUGGUGUAGGAUGUAACUGGCUGUUAGUGUAAACACUUAAAGUAUUCUAUUUUUAUAAAAAAUGUUUAUUUUUAAUGACAUAUACCAGGUUUGGUAGGCCACAACACUGCACUGUGAACAUUUCAGAAAAUGUAUGUCCAUUUUUGAGUCAUAUAUUGUAGCAUGAGUAAAAGUGACUGUAAAUAUCGAGGGAAAGAACUGCUUGAUAGUCCACCUUAACUAUAACAUCACCAUUGCUGGAAGUCACAGACUUUAAUGUGUUCAAGGAGAGGGAGUGAUUAGAAUGGAGCUGCCUAUGUGGAAAAUGUAUUGUUCUUGGGGAAGUGUUACAGGUUGGACCUCAUCUGACCGGUCUAGUUGAGGGAUUUUGCCGGACCAGGGGAGGUCAUUUCUUGUCCCCUUGACACCGACCCACUUAGCCCUGGCCCGGCUCCCCCACUGCUACUGGCACCACUGCCCUGCCAGGCGGCCCUAUUGCCCUGCUGCUGCACACCUGAACUCCCUGGACCUGCUGUGCCCCCGGGCUCACCAGCCAAACUGCCUUGCCACAUGUCAGGCUCCCCAACCCUGCUGCCUACCUGGCCCUGUAGUGGGCAGCCCUGCUGCCAUGCACCAGGCUACCAGCAGUCUACUACCCUGCCAGCCUUCAGGGCUCCCAGUCGCCCGCCUUCCACCAGGACUGUCUGAUCCUGGAGCAUCUGUGGUCCUGUUAGACCACAGAUGUUGCUGGACCAAAGUCCUGGUUUAGAGAGGUUCAGCCUGUACCAUUGAAAGGUUUCUAAUGAGGAUAGAGUAUGGGGGGAAACUACAAGCUGAUAAUACUAGAUUGUGUUACACCACCACCUUCGUUUCAGAUGCAAACAUGUCAUGUGCUGAAAGCAAUACUAACUGUCAAUUGCUAAAGGGAAAAAGGUUCUGCAGAAAAAAACCAUCAUCUCUAUGGCUAUUACAACAACUAAGAAAGUUUAUGGGGGAGAAUACUCCGAAGCCGUACAUACAUGCUUGAGGAAGGCUGCAAUGUGAAAAAAGAGAACUUUUACUAUUUAUGAAUUUUGCUUAAUAUAGUUAAUGUUGUGUCUGGGACACCUGUAAGAAUAUGUGAUUCUGGUAAGGAUUUGAUGUUUGUCAAUUCAUGCAUUUGCAAAUGAGCUGAAUGGUACUUCUGGUAAUAGUUGUUGGAAUGACCUAAUAAAAGUUAUUAGAAUGAAAUGCUGUAA